UGUGCGCGUGUGUUUCUGACAGCAGCUUUUCAUCUACGCGUAAAAGAGCUCCGUCACAGAGAGAACAAGAAGAAGAGAAGGAAAAGUAAAUAACAGCUUUUGAAGUAAAUGGACCGGUAAACAAGUCUGGAUUACAUCUCGGAGCAUUUGGUGACAUCCUUUAGUCCUUGGAAACCUGCGCGUCUUGUUGAAUUUAAAAUCCGGGGAUAUCCAGUGUGGUCCAGAUGUUAAUCCACACCUAUUCCGCUAUGGACCGCGCAGACGGACUAAGCGGCUCUUCUCCGAGCGGCCGUCUCUCCCAGCUGUCCUCCCUGAACCAGGCCGGUUACUCCUCGGCUCCCCCGCUCUGCCACACUCCGGCAUCUGACUUCCAGCCUCCGUACUUCCCUCCCCCUUACUCCCAGUCCUCCCUGCCAUACUCCCAGAGCCAGGACUCAUAUUCCCACCUGUCAGACCCCUACACCUCCAUCAACUCCAUCCAUCAGCAUCAGCAAGUGGCAUGGCACUCGCAGAGGUCGCGCUCCGACGACGGGGGGCUCCUUUCACAGUCGCACCGGGCUUUGAGCCUCGACCCCCGGCGGGAGUACGCAGCUGUGCCACGGCUGCUGCACGGGCUCGGGGAAGGAGCUGCAGCUCUGGGGGACGGUCCUCUUGGCAUGCACCUGGGACACCACGGCCUGGAUGAUCUGCAGGGAAUGGAGGAAGGAUCAGCCCUGGGCAUCCUCGACCACUCUGUCAUUAAAAAAGUUCCCAUCCCAUCGAAGUUGAAUGGUUCUUCCAUGCAUGCCCUGUCCCUCUGUAAGGAGGGUCUGGGUGUGGGGGCUGUGUCCAACCCAGCUGAGGUCUUCUGUUCGGUCCCGGGUCGACUCUCGCUGCUCAGCUCUACUUCGAAGUACAAGGUGACGGUCGGGGAGGUGCAGCGACGCCUUUCCCCUCCCGAGUGCCUAAACGCCUCUCUGCUGGGUGGAGUCCUCCGCAGGGCGAAGUCAAAGAAUGGUGGCCGCUGUCUGAGAGAGCGUCUGGAGAAGAUUGGCCUCAACCUGCCCGCCGGGCGACGCAAGGCAGCCAACGUCACUCUGCUAACAUCUCUAGUGGAGGGUGAGGCCGUCCAUCUGGCGCGGGACUUUGGUUAUGUGUGUGAGACAGAGUUUCCAGCCAGAGCCACAGCUGAGUAUCUGUGCAGGCAGAGCGAGCCGGACCAGCUCCCAACACGGCGCAGCAUGCUGCUCGCCACCAAAGAGAUCUGUAAGGAGUUUGUCGACAUGAUGUCCCAGGACCGCUCCCCGCUGGGUGGCAGUCGACCAACCCCCUGCCUGGAGCCCGGCGUCCAGGGCAGCCUCACCCACUUCAGCCUGCUCACCCACGGUUUCGGUACCCCCGCCAUCUGCGCCGCCCUCUCCGCCUUCCAGAGCUACCUGAUGGAGGCGAUCAAAAUGCUGGACAAAGGAGAGGGUGGAGGAAAGAGCCACCAUGAAAAGGAAAUGAAGCACCGCAAAUAGAGGGAGGACGAUGAUGGAGGAUGAGAGGCGGAAAGGAAGAGAAAAAGAGGGGGAAAAGACACACCAUUACCCCUCUGGGUCUUUACCUUCACCCCCAAAAACUGAGACUUUUACCUCCCAGAACAACCUCUGCGGGCCCCUCGUCGAGGAGUGGGGGGUUCAUGAUGAUAUCUGUACUGUAAUGUGUGUCCACCUCACUCAACACGGCGCAUGGACCUGUCUUCUCAGCUGGUUUGUGUCAUGAUGGCAUCUUCAAAACACCUCUUCAGGAUGAGUUCCUACAUACGACUGUAUUUAUUCCCCCCCCCCCCCCUUUUUUUUUGGUAAACAUGUCUGCCUUUUACAGAACCCUGCCUUCAUCAGUCCCACAAACACACACACACACUUAUAUACAAUUUUUGGACUGAACUCAUCUGGGAAGUGUCGUAAAGCCAUAUCCGAGACAGCAACCUGCUCUUUGCUCUUCUUGAACUCUGGGAGACUUUUAACUCCACCCAAUUGGACAUAUGUAGUUCUUCUUCCUGGGUGGUCAUGGGAAAUCGAGUUCUCUGGGUUCUCUAAUAGUACAAAGGCAGCUAAAGGAGAAUUGGUUUCUUUUAUUUUGAAGUACUAUGUGUUGGUAACUUAAGAAAAAUAACACAAAUCAUUUUGUACUUUCAGUGUAUGUUUAU